AUCAUCAUAAAAAUUUAAAGCGUUAUAAGUACAAGCAGAAGUUUUAUCGCGAUUUAAAGGCAUAUUGCAGAAACCACGUCAAUUCCCCGGCCAAGAUAAAACUUGUCGACGCGCAGCAGGUGUUUGGCAUUGUGUGGUAUUCAGAUCAGCAACAGCAUCAGCGAACAGAUAAAUAAUUCUGAUUGGACAUGCCGAAUAAGUCAGAUUUUUUACCUUACAGCUGCUUAUGGCAGACUAUAUCCUAACAUUUAAGCGGCUUAAACCCUAAACAACCACAUUAAAGCAGUAAAAAAUGGCCUCAAGGUUACUCUUCGUCAAAAGGUUGUCUCGUUGGGCCAAGGCAGCAGUAACAGCUUCGUCUUCGUCUUCUUCUUCUUCUUUUUUAUCAUCAGCCUCAAUUUAUUCUUCCAAUGGGCUCUACAUUGGAGCAAGGAGUCUGCAUCCAGCAGCACCAUUUACAAAUCCUAGAUGGAGUGAAUUGAACCAUUACAGUAGCUGCAAUGGGAGGAGGAAUAUAACCCUUCUCGCGCUGAAUGAUUUGAGCGACAACAAAGGGUCGAGGAAGAAGAAGACGCGGAAGGGCAGGGGAAUAGGGUCAGGGAAGGGGAAAACAGCAGGGAAAGGACAUAAGGGGCAAAGGGCAAGAAAAGGUGUUAAGUUAGGCUUUGAAGGUGGCCAAACUCCUCUUCGAAGAAAGGUGCCAAAGCGAGGGUUUAAGAAUCCCUUCACUCUUCACUUCCAGCCUAUAAGCUUGAAGAAACUUGCAAAAUAUAUAAAUGCUGGUCGGAUUGAUUCUUCUGAAUUGAUUACAAUGAAAACACUCAGGGAUUGUGGAGCUUUAGGAAAAAAGGUUGAAGAUGGUGUAAGGCUGCUCGGUCGUGGGGCAGAGGAAAUACGUUGGCCCAUUCAUAUUGAGGUAAGCCGAGUGACUCAAAGGGCAAAGGAGACUGUUGAAUCUGCUGGUGGAAGUGUUAGGAGGGUACAUUACAACCGACUUGGAUUGCGGGCUUUAUUGAAACCAGAAUGGUUUGAAAAGAAGGGCCGGCUAUUGCCACGGCCUGCACGCCCUCCACCAAAGCUGCGGCUUAAGGUUGAUAGUAUUGGUCGUCUACCUGCCCCAACCACCCCCAUACCUUUUACAAGUGAAAAUGUAACUGACAUAUCUGCCUAGAUUUUUCUAGUGGUAUUAAAUUUCAAAGGUGGGUUUGAUGUUAUUGCUUGAAGACAUGAGUAGCUGAAUGCAGCUAAUUUGCCAUAAUUUAAAGUCAGUCUGUUUUAUGACUUGGUAACAAAUCAUGGAUAGAAAGAGCAAAUAUGGCUGUGAGGCAUUGCACAGGUUAAGGGUUAAGGUCAAUUGUCGCUUGGUGCAAAAAUUCAAAUUCAAAUUCUAACUUGGACUAGAACCUAAGUAAUCAGAAAUCAGCUGCUUUCUGAGUCAAGGUUCUUUCAGUACAAGCAUGAGAUAAACCAGGAAGCUUAAUUGUAUUUAGGUCGUUAGACUUGACAUCUUUUGAUUUGAUGAUACUGUAAUGUGUGGAAUUUGAAUCCUGGUUAGCUUUAAAUUUUGUGGCCCAAUUUUGUGAAUUUUGAGAAAUGUUGAGGACAUCUUAGCAUUUAAGAAAGGGGAUUGAUCAUUA